AUGGCAGAUCAACAGAACGGCGCGGGUGACCCGCUGGCAGCUCAAAUGAGACAGGUCUUGGAACAGAUGCGAGUUUUGAGUCAGACCGUCCAACAACUACAAAACGCCCAACAAAAUACUCAGGGUACCCAAGGACCUCCCGGUCCCCCUGGUCCUCCCGGACCACCCGCCAACAAUGGCAACGGUAACGGUAAUGGUGGAGGCGACACGUCUAGAUACGCCAGAGAGCUCGGCUACUUCCAUCCGGACAUGCCAGAGUCCUACGGUAAAGGCCCCAUUGUCCACACGAACAGAGAGACUAUCUUUCGGGACGUCCACCUAUUUAUCGAUCGCGCAGCCGACAUGGCACGAGUCCACGGUUUCGAAGUGAUCAAGAAGAGCCUCUGGCAAUGCCUUCGCGGAUCAGCCCUAUCCUGGUGGACAGGAGUUCUAUCAGACAUUGAGAAGAGAUUGAUUACCACCGGAGGAACCGAAUUGGAGGAAUGGCGCAACUUCUUGGUCAAGCGAUUCGCGGAGACACCGUCGGUGGCCCUCGCAAGAGUUAUGUCAGCCAACUAUACAAUGCAGGACGCGCUAAACAGACGGGACCCCCGCGAUUUCGCGUCGACAGUCAUGCGAGAUGCGCGUGCCGCACACAUGGACAACCCGUUCAAUCAGCUGACUCUCAUACACGGACAUAUAGAUGUCGACUUACGCAGAGACAUCCCAGAACCUAAACCUGGGACGUCCGUAGAAUCAUAUCUACAUUUGCUCGAUACUAGAAAAAAUAUCUGGUUCGAAAUUGCAGACAGGAAGGCCGCAGAACUGCAAGGUCAGUACAGUCGCGCUCGGGAUUACCGACACCCAUCCACAGGGGCUGGCGGACAGACUUUCAGUGGUCCCUACCAGCGCCGUCAAGGAUAUCAGUCGGCUUUUCCGAGCAAUUACCCUUCCGUUUCUGUUAACGCUGGUGCUUACCCUCCCCAACAGGUCAAUAUCGACUACAGUAGACGUGCAGAUACACGCGGGAUACCCGCCCCUCAAUCACGACUACAGAUUACAGCAGGGCAAGCCGACGCACGGUGGAGCCGUAGCGGUUAUCGUAACCGAGGCGGAUGGAACUACCGAAGCAACUAUCCUCUGCAGGAGGCAUACCCGGUUAACGCAACGCACGAAGAAGAAAUGGAACAUCCUUUAAGCGAUAACCAAUAUGGAACCUCCCAGGAACGAUAUAGCACCCCAGACGAACUCGACUCCCCGGAGGAUUAUACUACCCCAGACACUAUAGAUAGCCCCGACGUACAAUUCCCCGAACCAGAUACGGAGGACCCGGGCGUCUCUUUCGUCUCGGCAUUUACGGCGAAAGCAUACCCAAUCGUUUAUGAAGGCUGCUCUACGGAUUUCCCAUCCAAGAACGAGCUACAUAAGCACCUUCGGGCUAGUGGGGCAUGCAAAACGGCGAGGCCAUUAGUGCAGGCAUGGGCCGCCGAUGUCAGCGGACAGGCGCCUCUUAAGGUCAUUAAAUCAACGGCAGACCUAGGGACAGAGCCGGCCUUUAGUUUUAGAGAUUAG